CCGCCUACGCGCGCUGAGCCGACCAAUGUCUGCACCCGCAGACGUGGACGCGCCUACUAGCGUGUACGCGCAUGAGCCAAGAUCUCUGGACUUUCUUUGCUGGAACACGAACCGCCGCCUCCCAGAAUGCUUUGCAUGGGGACGUGCGUCUGACGUCACGUAUACAGAAAAUUCAAAAUGGCUGCACGCGGUAGGUGAGGCCCGAGCGAAGAAAAGUGGAAAAGAGUGUUAUUCGUCAAAAAACCCACACAACGACGGUCAUUUUUUCGCCGUGCUAUUGUAAAAUUGUCUUUUAUCUGUGUUUUGUGUUCCGGGGGACCCCGACUCCAGAAUGGGAAAGUUUCCCGCGUGAAGCCGUGGAGCUCGAGAUCCUGUUUACUGUGGACUAGCUGUGUGUGACGCCAUGUUGUUUUUGUUUCCAUUACAAAAAAAAAGCUCCACCGUCUCGCCGAGUGCCAGCAAGAGUCAUGAGUACUUGUCAACUCGACUCCUCAACUGGAGAUAACUUUCUAGCACCUCACCAUGGGGAAGGAUGAAUUCAUAUGCCUUCACCAGCACACGCAUUAAAUAUGCAGAGAGUUACACAAGUUCUUACCACCUUGGGGCACCAUUCAGACAACUACAAAGACGCAUUAAAAAUAAUGCAACAAUAUGGAAAGGGCUGCAACACCUCAGACCUGCAAUCUGAGGAGGAGAACGAGGAGCUGCCAGAAAAAAGGAACAGAAAGCCAGUCCAUCGUCUCGGGGACUCAGAUGAUAGCGAAGAAGACCCGGGAAAUAGUGACCUCACAUCUCUGUGUAUGGCAAGCCAAUUACACAGGCAGACUCCACCGUCUCGCCGAGUGCCAGCAAGAGUCAUGAGUACUUUACAACUCGACUCCUCAACUGGAGAUAACUUUCUAGCACCUCACCAUGGGGAAGGACGCAUUCAUAUGCUUUCAACAGCACCUGCAUUAAACAUGCAGAGAGUUACACAAGGAACUGCAGUCCCUCCUCGACUCCCUCCACCCCCCUCACCAGCAGCCCUCAACAUGUGGCAGACAGAGGAGCCUGGAUCCAGCCUGGCCUACAGGCCAACAUGGCGAGGGGAAAGAAUGGCCAACAACAUUUCCUGCUCUGCGCCUGAGGUAAUCCACAUCCUUAGCCUGCUGGAAACUAUUAAGCACAACCAAGACCAGCUAAUUGCGAAGGUGCUGUGAGUAAAAAUGUUUUGACAAGGUCAGCCACGGACGCUGAGGUCACCAAACACGCCAUCAGGUGGUUCAACUUGGCGGGGGAUCGGGCAACGAGGAGACGAGUCCCGCUUCCACCUCCUCAGGAGGAAUAGAGAUGUAUAUGUAUAAAUAAACAACCUUUUAUUGGACUUCUUGUCAUUCACCAGUUAUUCAUUUUCUGAUAUGUUAGCUGUGCAUGGAGCAGCGUUUCCUUGAAGUUGUAGCCUAAUAGAUUAAAUAUGUAUAUUUACUUUUUAAAUAUAUAUUAUAUAUAUUUACUUUAUAGAGUGAAUUGACCAUUUUCUGUUUCUGCCUAUU